AUUAUUUUUAAGAAGCGCGUUCACGAGGAUCCGCGUUCACUCUUCUCAUCACCCGCGACCCGAGAGAAGCGUCAAAACGACUUUAUUAUAAUAAUAUCCACCUGCACACGGAAAAACCCCGCAGUAAUUAAAAAGAUGUGGAAGUCAGUAGUGGGCCACAAUGUGAACAUGAAGGUGGCUGCGGAGGGGGACGACUGGGAGACCGACCCUGACUUUGAGAAUGACGUCUCGGAGCAGGAGCAGAGGUGGGGGGCCAAGACCAUCGAGGGCUCCGGUCGCAAAGAGCACAUCAGUGUUGCAGAGCUAAGAAACAAGGUCGCUGCAGAGCACGAGCAGGUGAAGCAGAAGGAUCAGACCCCCAAAGCCUCAUAUGGCUACGGAGGCAAGUUCGGGGUGGAGAAGGACCGGAUGGACAAGGCGGCUCUGGGUCACGAUUACGUGGCACAGGUCGAGCAGCACUCCUCCCAGAAAGACAUGGCAAAGGGAUUCGGUGGGAAAUUCGGUGUUCAAAAAGAUCGUGUUGACAAGUCUGCCAUGGGCUUUGAAUACAAGGGAGACGUCCAGCAGCACAGCUCCCAGAAAGAUUACUCGAAGGGGUUUGGAGGAAAGUAUGGCGUUGAGAAGGAAAAGGUGGACAAAGCAGCGCUGGGUUACGACUACAAAGGCGCGACGGAGAAGCAUCAGUCGCAGAAAGACUAUGCCAAGGGAUUUGGAGGGAAGUACGGAGUGGAGAAGGAGAAGGUGGACAAAGCUGCCGUUGGUUACGACUACAAAGGAGAAACAGAGAAGCACCAGUCACAGAAAGAUUACUCAAAAGGAUUUGGGGGGAAGUUUGGAGUUGAGAAGGAAAAGGUGGAUAAAGCAGCUCUAGGUUAUGAGUACAAAGCUGAGACGGAGAAGCAUCAGUCGCAGAAAGAUUAUUCAGCAGGUUUCGGGGGUCGUUAUGGAGUACAGAAGGACCGCAUGGAUAAGAGUGCUGUCGGCUUCUCAGACAUGGACUCCCCGACCUCGGCGUAUGAAAAGACACAACCUCUAGAGGCCUCCAGUGCGGGCGCGGGGAAACUGAAGGCUCGUUUCGAGAGCAUGGCCAAGGCCUCGGACGAGGAGAACAGGAAGAAGGUGGAGGAGGAGCGAGCGAGAAGACAAGCCAGAGAGAGCAGAGAGAGGGAGGAGGCCAAACGCAGACAGCAGGAGCAAGACACCAGAGAGGAAGAGUCUCACCCACUGCCUGCUGAGCCUGAGGAUCCAGUGUACGAAAUGCCGCCACCAGAUGGUGCAGAGUCCGACAUGCCGCCACCAGAUGAGGAUCCAGAGUCCGACAUGCCGCCACCAGAUGAGGAUGCAGAGUACGACAUGCCACAAGAAACUCAACACAUGCCAGAGAUACAAGAAAUACCCGAGCUGGAGGGUGAACCAGAGUACGAGGAGCCCCCAGUUUUGCCCCCGCGCUCAGAAGAUCCCCCCGAACCAGAAAUCCCUCCUCUGCCUCACAGGUCAGCAGCCGUGGAUGAAGAUCAGGGAGAAUACGAAGAACUUCUUGAACGACCUCCUCCUCCUCCUGCGCCGACAGCGGUGGAGGACGUCUAUGAAGAGGUGGCUGAAGGCCAGAGGGCAGUUGCAAUUUAUGACUACGAGGGAGAGGCAGAUGAUGAGAUCUCUUUCAACCCGGAUGAUGUCAUCACCAACAUAGAGAUGAUUGACGAGGGCUGGUGGAAGGGACAAUGUCACGGAAAAGUCGGGCUGUUCCCGGCCACUUAUGUCCAGCUCAUUUAGACACAAACUGUUUUGUUCUUUUACAUUUGCUUCACAAAGUCGAUUUUCUUAAGAUUGUUUAAUACAAAUGCUUUUUUUAAUUCUGUAUUUAUAUACAAAAUCAUUUCAUGCUGUAUUUCACUGAGAUCUGAAGAUGCAAAGGCCAAAGAACUUCACUGCAAUGAACUUACAGUUACAGGCAAUAAAACCACUUUUA